AUGGGUGUCAAACAGGCCACUCAAGGGCUAUCCAGUAUGGAGGGACAGAUACACCUGCCCCUUGGAACAUCAAGCCGCUCCUAUCCACCUUAUAUAUGGCAAGGCCGGUCGUCUAGACUCGAAAACAUUCCCUCCCCCACCAACAUCAUCAUACUGUUCAAUCCUUCAGCCCUGUUCUGCCUUGCCCUGCUGACGCCUUUCGCCCACGUCCUGGCCGUCUCAUCGGUCUUCUCUCAGUUCUUUGGCGCCACUACAGCAUCACCCCCGAGCGCGACCGAGAGCUUGUACUUGUUUACCAUCUGCAUGAAUGCGAUCCACGGUCUCCCCGCGCUGACGGGUCUCCCGCGCAGCGAGUCGAUCCAGCUUGAGCAGGAGGCCGUGGACGCUGUCUGUGCAGGCUGUUCCGGUCUCGGCCAGACUCGCAUCGACUCGUGCUGCGCGCAGGCCACGUCCUCGGCCUGCUUCGACCAGUUUGCCGCCAAUGCUGCACAGACCACGCCCGCCUCGGCCAGUGCCACGCCGACCGCCCUGACCGGGGAUUCUAGUCCAACAUCCAGCAGCUCCUCCAACGGCGGUGUCAUGGUACAGAACAAGGAUCUCAUUGCCAGUUCCUUCAUCGGAGCCAUCAUCGGCUUUGUGGGGUGGAUGUUGUAG